AAGAGGUUUUCAUCUAAUUAUCCAAAAGCCCUAGAAGUGCACGGCACUGCGGCCACUCGAGAGCCAAAAUGCCCCCCACUUAAGACCCAAACAACGGCUCGUGACCAGGAGUGCUUUGUCACACAUUGUUUUCCAAGAAGCCUUACAAAUAGGACUGUAAUUCCACGGGUCGUUCGACUUGGCGAGGGCGAGGCGUGGGUUGUCACCAUACUGACUCUUCAUGAACUUGGUCUCAGCGAGCAGCUUAAAGAUUAACUUUCUGCGGAAGGCGCGGGCUGAGUAUAGCGCGAUUGGGGACUUGUGCAGGGCCCGGGGCCCGUGGCGCGGUCGCGCUUUCAAAAGGCGAUUUGUUGGCGGCGCUGAAGCUCAUUUCCAUGCAAAGCGCCUGACAUCAGAGCACCUUUUGUUGCUAAACGCUUUCUUGAGCCCGGGUGGGGAGGGAGUCAUGUGGAGUUGGAAGAGCUCAUUCUGGAGAGAGGGGUCCAGGACUUGUUAGCCCGGGUCCACAGGCGUCACUGUCCCCUGCCGGACCCUGAGCAGACUCUCCAAUAGAGGCAAGUCGCGUGCCACUCGGAGCCAGUUCCCGGAGCAGGACGCAGCGCCCGUGAGUUGGGGCUCCUGGAUCCCUUGUCCUGAGAGCUCCCCGCCGCUGCCAGUGGUGCGGACUCGGCUCCAGCUACCCUGUUGCUGCGCCUGGCCCGGCUAGGAAAAGUUUCUGGAGUUGUCAAUCGCGUUCGCCGCCUAUCUAGGUGCCUAGUCCUGGCAGUGGUGCUCGUACCCGGCGGAGCCUAGGGCAUGCGACGCGGGGGCGCGGCCCAGUGACGCCGCGGGCGGGGACCUUGCACCCCGGCGGCCGACGCGCUGCUGCGGGCCGUGGGCAGCGCGGGGACCCGGACGCACGGGGACGCGGCCAUGGAGGAGGACGCGGGAGCUGCUAGCCCGGCGCCGGAGCCGGAGCCGGAGGUGGAUCCAGCCCGGGAGCCCGAGCCGGAGCCCGAGCCUGAGCCCGAGGCCGGCACGUCCGAGGCGUUCUCCCGCCUCUGGACCGACGUGAUGGGCAUCCUGGAUGGUUCCCUGGGAAACAUAGAUGACCUGGCCCAGCAGUACGCAGAUUAUUACAAUACCUGCUUUUCUGAUGUGUGUGAGCGGAUGGAGGAGCUUCGGAAACGGCGCGUUUCCCAGGACCUUGAUGUGGAGAAACCCGACGCCAGCCCCACGUCACUUCAGCUGCGGUCCCAGAUCGAAGAGUCCCUAGGCUUCUGCAGCGCGGUGUCAACACCAGAAGUGGAAAGAAAGUACCCUCUACAUAAAUCAAACUCAGAAGACGGCUGUGUAGGCAAAGCAGACUGGAAGAAGAAAAACAAAUACUUCUGGCAGAAUUUCCGAAAGAACCAAAAAGGAAUAAUGAGACAGACUUCAAAAGGAGAAGAUGUGGGCUAUGUGGCCAGCGAGAUAACCAUGAGCGAUGAGGAACGGAUCCAGCUAAUGAUGAUGGUCAAGGAGAAAAUGAUCACCAUUGAAGAAGCGCUCGCCAGGCUGAAGGAAUACGAGGCCCAGCACCGCCAGUCGUCCGCCCUGGACCCUGCGGACUGGCCCGACGGCUCCUACCCCACGCUGGAUGGUUCCUCCACCUGCAACUCAAGAGAACAGUCGGAUGAUGAGACCGAGGAGUCGGUGAAGUUUAAGAGGUUACACAAGCUGGUAAACUCUACCCGAAGAGUCAGAAAGAAACUAAUUAGGGUGGAGGAAAUGAAAAAGCCCAGCACAGAAGGUGGAGAGGAACAUGUGUUUGAGAGUCCCCCAGUCCAAGACGAAAGAUCCGCGCUCUACUCGGGCGUGCACAAAAAGCCAUUUUUCUAUGAUGGCUCUCCUGAGAAACCUCCAGAAGACAGCGCAGAUUCUCUUACCCCAUCUCCGUCAUCCAGUAGCCUGGAGACCUGGGGCGCUGGCCGGAAGUUGGUCAAAACCUUCAGCAAAGGAGAAAGCCGGGGGCUGAUUAAGCCCCCUAAGAAGAUGGGGACGUUCUUCUCCUAUCCGGAAGAAGAGAAGGCCCAGAAAGUGUCCCGCUCCCUCACAGAGGGGGAAAUGAAGAAAGGUCUUGGGUCUUUGAGUCACGGGAGAACUUGCAGCUUUGGUGGAUUCGACUUGACCAACCGUUCUCUGCACGUUGGCAGCAAUAAUUCUGACCCCAUGGGUAAAGAGGGAGAUUUCGUGUACAAAGAGGUAAUCAAAUCCCCUUCCGCCUCCCGCAUCUCUCUCGGGAAAAAGGUGAAAUCAGUGAAAGAGACCAUGAGGAAGAGGAUGUCUAAAAAAUACAGCAGCCCCGUCACAGAGCAGGACUCGGGGCUCGACGGGACACCCGGCUCCCCCACCUCAGUAAAGCCUGACUCUGAACACAUGGACAAGCCUAAGCUCAAAGCCGGGGGCUCUGUAGAAAGCCUUCGGAGCUCUCUGAGUGGCCAGAGCUCAAUGAGCGGUCACACUGUGAGCACCACGGACUCCUCCACCAGCAACAGGGAGAGUGUCAAGUCGGAAGACGGUGACGAUGAGGAGCCACCCUAUCGGGGUCCCUUCUGUGGGCGUGCCCGAGUGCACACCGACUUCACCCCCAGUCCCUAUGACACAGACUCUCUGAAGCUCAAGAAAGGAGACAUCAUUGACAUAAUCAGCAAACCGCCGAUGGGUACCUGGAUGGGCCUGUUGAACAACAAGGUCGGCACAUUUAAGUUCAUCUACGUGGAUGUGCUGAAUGAGGAAGAGGAGAAGCCCAAGCGCCCUACCAGGAGGAGGAGGAAGGGGAGACCAUCCCAGCCAAAGUCUGUGGAGGAUCUCCUGGAUCGGAUCAACCUGAAAGAACAUAUGCCCACCUUUCUGUUCAAUGGCUAUGAAGACCUGGACACCUUCAAACUCCUGGAGGAAGAAGACUUAGAUGAAUUAAAUAUCAGGGACCCGGAACACAGAGCAGUUCUCUUGACGGCGGUGGAACUGUUGCAGGAAUAUGACAGUAACAGUGACCAGUCUGGCUCUCAGGAGAAGCUGCUGGCCGACAGCCAGGGCCUGAGUGGACGUUCCCCACGAGACUCCGGAUGCUAUGAAAGCAGCGAGAACUUGGAAAAUGGCAAAACACAAAAACCCAGCGCUCUGUCCACCAAGUCAUCCACGGAGUCCAACUUAAAGUCUUUCAACAGGAGUCAGCCGGGCAACUAUCCGACAUUGCCUUUAACGAAAUCUGGGGAGGUGCGCAAGCAGGGAGAGGAGGGCAGGCUGGGAAGAGGUCUAGCCCCGGACACUGCCAAGUGCUGUGAUGUACCCUGUGUGACUGGUUUGAGUAAAAACCGAAGGAGCCUCCCGGUCUCCAUCUGUCGCAGCUGUGAAACCCUGGAGGGUCCUGAGCCCGUGGAAAGUUGGCCCCGAUCCCAUUCCCUGGAUGACCUUCAGGGAGAUGCUGAUGUUGGUAAGGAUGUGUCUACCGAGAAGCCGGAAACCUGUCCAGAGAAUGUACCAGAAGUGCCACAGAAGGUAUCUGCCUGCACCUCCAAGGCUCUGCCCCGAGGCCGAGAUCCCACUGCAGAAGACGUGAUGUUUCUGACCCAAAGCAAGAGAUUUUCCGACCCUCCGAAAACGAUGGCUAAGAAACUGGAGGGCUCCGCGGUGGCCUCCAACCUUGGCAUAGCUCCUCCUCAGUGUAUACCCAGAAAUUUUGAGGCUCAGCCUCCUGUAAAACCCGGCUUAACAAGGACGUCUCUUGAGGGUCUCAGAAAAGGACAUGACCACCGCUCCCUGGGCACCAAAGAAGGGGUAGAUGGGGAACAGAGCGCCCCUGAGACCAGGACGCAAUCCAGACAUCCCUCGCAGCCCCCGCCUGUGCCAGCCAAGAAAAGCCGAGAGCGCCUGGCCAAUGGCCUGCACCUGGUCCCUAGCCCAGAGGCACCCAUCCUGCCACUGAAGAAGGCCAGCCCUGCCAGCCCUGUCAGCCCCAGCGACUGCCCCUCUCCCCGGGAGCCCAGGUCUUCCUCGGGGACUGAGCCAGGCAGCCCAGUGUGCACGAGACCUCCACCCUGGCUGGCCGAGCUGCCGGAGAGUACCAGCCUGCAGGAGCACGGUGUGAAACUGGGCCCAGUGCUGAGCAGGAAGGUUUCCUGCAUCCGGGGUGUGGACCUAGAGAUGCUGACGGAGAACAAGCUACAGGCUGAGGGCAUCGAUCUCACUGAGGAGCCCUACUCUGAUAAGCAUGGCCGUUGUGGGAUCCCUGAAGCCCUGGUGCAGAGAUACGCGGAGGACCUAGAUCAGCCGGAGAGGGAUGUCGCCGCCAAUAUGGACCAGAUCCGUGUGAAGCUGCUCCGGAAACAACAUCGGAUGGCGAUCCCAAGUGGCGGGCUGACGGAAAUCUGCAGAAAGCCCCUCUCUCCCGGAUGUGUUUCGUCCGUGUCGGAUUGGCUCAUCUCCAUCGGCCUGCCCAUGUACACGAGCACGCUUUCUGACGCAGGGUUCAGCGCGCUGAGCCAAGUGCCUUCCCUGUCCCACACUUGCCUUCAGGAGGCCGGCAUCACAGAGGAGAAACACAUAAGGAAACUGGUAACCGCAGCCAGACUCUUCAAACUGCCACCAAGCCCUGAGGCCAUGUAGCCAGGCCCACCGUGGCCCUCCCUGGACAAGAGCCAGCCUUUCA